UUAAAAUGCUAGAAGGAAAAGCAACUGAAGUCUUAACUUUCAGAUGCUGAAUUCUCAGCUAAUUGAAAUUACUGGGCACAAUGCUAUAUAUAGCCAAUGAAGAGAUUUUGAGCUCUCACUCAGUGCCUUCAAGACAUGUCGUUUUGUAGUCAGAGAAAACAGAGAUCAAUGCAUUUUCAAACUGACAGAGGGAACGGAUGCUCCUUAGUAGCACAUGCCCAGGAUCGUGUGUGUGGGGCUUGCGCUGUGCUGAGAAGCUGAAUACCGGUCCAUAUGCUCCUUAUUUACUGCAAUGUUCUUUGCAUGUUACUGUGCACUCCGGACUAACGUGAAGAAGUAUCGAUACCAAGAUGAGGACGCUCCACACGAUCAUUCCUUACCUCGACUAACCCAUGAAGUAAGAGGACCGGAGCUGGUGCAUGUAUCAGAAAAGAACCUGUCUCAAAUAGAAAAUGUCCAUGGAUACGUCUUGCAGUCUCACAUCUCUCCUCUGAAGGCCAGCCCUGCUCCUAUAAUUGUCAACACAGAUACUUUGGACACGAUUCCUUAUGUCAAUGGAACAGAAAUUGAAUAUGAGUUUGAAGAAAUUACAUUGGAAAGGGGGAAUUCUGGCCUGGGAUUCAGUAUUGCUGGAGGGACAGAUAAUCCCCACAUUGGAGAUGACCCUGGCAUAUUUAUUACGAAGAUUAUACCGGGUGGUGCUGCUGCAGAGGAUGGCAGACUCAGGGUCAAUGAUUGUAUCUUGCGGGUGAAUGAGGUCGACGUGUCAGAGGUUUCCCACAGUAAAGCCGUGGAAGCUCUCAAAGAAGCGGGGUCUAUCGUUCGCCUGUAUGUGCGCAGAAGACGACCCAUUCUGGAGACUGUUGUGGAGAUCAAACUGUUCAAAGGACCUAAAGGUUUAGGCUUCAGUAUUGCAGGAGGUGUGGGGAACCAGCACAUUCCUGGAGACAACAGCAUUUAUGUAACUAAAAUUAUAGAUGGAGGAGCUGCACAAAAAGAUGGAAGGUUGCAAGUAGGAGACAGACUGCUAAUGGUAAACAACUACAGUUUAGAAGAAGUGACACAUGAAGAGGCAGUAGCUAUACUGAAGAACACAUCCGAUGUUGUUUAUCUAAAAGUUGGCAAACCCACCACCAUUUACAUGACUGAUCCUUAUGGGCCACCUGAUAUUACUCACUCUUAUUCUCCACCGAUGGAAAACCAUCUACUCUCUGGCAACAAUGGAACUUUAGAAUAUAAAACUUCCCUGCCGCCCAUCUCUCCAGGAAGGUACUCACCGAUUCCAAAGCACAUGCUUGUUGAAGACGAUUACACCAGGCCUCCGGAACCUGUUUACAGCACUGUGAACAAACUGUGUGAUAAGCCUGCUUCUCCCAGGCACUAUUCCCCUGUUGAGUGUGACAAAAGCUUUCUUCUCUCAGCUCCCUACCCCCACUACCACCUAGGCCUGCUCCCUGACUCUGAGAUGACCAGUCAUUCUCAACACAGCACUGCAACCCGCCAGCCUUCAGUGACUCUCCAGCGGGCCAUCUCCCUGGAAGGGGAGCCCCGCAAGGUAGUCCUGCACAAAGGCUCCACUGGCCUGGGCUUCAACAUCGUGGGCGGGGAAGACGGAGAAGGUAUUUUUGUAUCCUUCAUUCUGGCUGGUGGACCAGCAGACCUGAGUGGGGAACUCCAGAGAGGAGACCAGAUCUUAUCCGUGAAUGGCAUUGACCUCCGUGGAGCAUCUCACGAGCAGGCUGCUGCUGCCCUGAAGGGGGCUGGACAGACGGUGACCAUUAUAGCACAAUACCAACCUGAAGAUUACGCUCGAUUUGAGGCCAAAAUCCAUGACCUGCGCGAGCAGAUGAUGAACCACAGCAUGAGCUCCGGGUCCGGGUCCCUGCGAACCAAUCAGAAACGCUCCCUCUAUGUCAGAGCCAUGUUUGACUAUGACAAGAGCAAGGACAGUGGGCUGCCAAGUCAAGGACUUAGUUUUAAAUAUGGAGAUAUUCUCCACGUUAUCAACGCCUCUGAUGACGAGUGGUGGCAAGCCAGGAGAGUCACGCUGGAGGGGGACAGUGAAGAGAUGGGGGUCAUCCCCAGCAAACGGAGGGUGGAAAGAAAGGAGCGUGCCCGGUUGAAGACAGUGAAGUUUAAUGCAAAACCUGGAGUGAUUGAUUCAAAAGGGUCAUUCAAUGACAAGCGUAAAAAGAGCUUCAUCUUUUCACGAAAAUUCCCAUUCUACAAGAACAAGGAGCAGAGUGAGCAGGAAACCAGUGAUCCUGAACAACAUGUCUCUUCUAAUGCCAGCGAUAGCGAAAGUAGCUACCGAGGGCAAGAAGACUUCAUUCUUUCUUAUGAGCCUGUCACAAGGCAGGAAAUAAACUAUACCCGGCCAGUGAUUAUCCUGGGCCCCAUGAAGGAUCGGAUCAAUGAUGACUUGAUAUCUGAAUUCCCCGACAAGUUUGGCUCCUGUGUGCCUCAUACUACGAGGCCAAAGCGUGACUAUGAGGUAGAUGGCAGAGACUACCACUUUGUCAUUUCCAGAGAACAAAUGGAGAAAGAUAUCCAAGAGCACAAGUUUAUAGAAGCUGGCCAGUACAAUGACAACUUAUAUGGAACCAGUGUGCAGUCUGUGAGAUUCGUAGCAGAAAGGGGCAAACACUGUAUACUUGACGUGUCAGGAAAUGCUAUCAAACGGUUACAAGUUGCCCAGCUCUAUCCCAUUGCCAUCUUCAUUAAGCCCAAAUCUCUGGAACCUUUGAUGGAGAUGAAUAAGCGUCUAACAGAAGAACAAGCCAAGAAAACCUAUGAUCGUGCAAUUAAGCUAGAACAAGAAUUUGGAGAAUAUUUUACAGCUAUCGUCCAAGGAGACACCUUAGAAGAUAUAUAUAAUCAAUGCAAGCUUGUUAUUGAAGAGCAGUCUGGGCCUUUCAUCUGGAUUCCCUCAAAGGAGAAGUUAUAAAUUAGCUACUGCACCUCCGACAAUGACAGAAGAGCAUUUAGAAGAAAAAAAUAUAUAUAAUAUACUACUUGGAGGCUUUUAUGUUUUUGUUGCAUUUAUGUUUUUGCAGUCAAUGUGAAUUCUUAUGAAUGUACAACACAAACUGUGUGAAGCCAUGAAGGAAACGGAGGGGCCACAGGGUGGGACAGAAAAGACUUUGCAGUAUGCAGGAAGGCUUUGGUUUGCUCAAAGUGCCAGGUGUAGGGAUGAACCUCUGAUGGGCUUUCUGCCCAAGAGAUGGGCAGCCUCCUCACCCCAGCAGAUGUCCAGAGCUGAUUUAGCUGCUGAGCUCUCUGUGUCUUUUGCUUUAAAGAAAAGUUGUCAGCACUUGAACUUCACCAACCUUCCCAUUACCCACAUCUGUAAUUGGUACACUUCGAAUUUUAUAACUAUGCACACUCUUUGAUUUCUUAACGAGCAAAAGAAAGAAACAAGGAAAAAGGAAAGGAGUCCCUUUGGAGACGGCAUAAUAUCAGGGAAGGAUAAGUGUGUAGUUUCUUUGACUGGCAUCUACAAAGACGAGCAUUUCAUAAAAUUCACAAGUGUAUGGAGGACUGACCUCACUGAGAGGAGGGGAUUCACUGAGGGUAGCUUUAUGAUUGUUUAUUGUCUAUUUUGCCAUUUAUAAACUGAAAGAAGGCACUAAAGAUGAGAAUAAUUUAUACAAUAAAAAUAUAUUAAAUGUAUAGAAAUGAAUUUCUAUAGGUUAAAAAAGUUUUGUGAAAUAUUUUGUAAUGACUAAUUGAGAGACUAAAUGGAUGCACUAUCAGCAGAUGAUCAAAUUCAAGAACUGAAAGUUGCACUCUCCCUUUUGUUGCCAAUGAUCCAUUAAGAGCAUCUGAGUUCCUUCCAAAGUCUGACAAAGACUUCUCCCUCACUUACCUCCCAUGAUCUCCCUUCCAUAUUAGUAACACACUCUCAUGGAGCACAUCCCUUAAUGAGUUGCCCUUGUGGGUAUUUUUGGAAGACUUUUGGUUAAUGCAUUUUUAAGCUGAUGGCUUUCAGAGACAAACUCAUUCAAAUGAUCUAAAGGGAAGUUUUUGCUUUUAUCUUGUUAAACAACCUGGGCCUGCCAUGCAAAUAGUUGAAUAACUUUGUUCCUAGUUAUUUACAUGCAAUUCUCAAAGGAUCAUUUAGUAUUUUGACCAACCAUGAGUAAUUAGGACUUUCUUUUUGUCUGUUUCACAAGUAACUGAGGGUUUUGUGACAGCCAGAAAUGGUAUCGAGCCAUGGAGAGAUCUGUCCCAAGAAGCACUGUUCCUUUGAGGAAGAGAGAAGUAUCUGGUUGGGGGGG